CAGAAAUGUGUCGAACCCUGUACCACAAGUGCACUGUCCCUCGAAGUAGCUCCUGAUCGCAGUCCCAUGUUCGAUCUUGCCUGGUGAGUUGCAGCUCGAAGUAUAAAGGAAGAAGGUGCAGCGCUCUUACUUGUAUUUCGAUCAAGACCUUCCAACAGUUGAGAAGUCAACGUUCCUCAACACAUAUUGGACACAUCAUCUCAACCUUCAACACUUACUUCCCUUCAAAUACAUCCUUCCAUCCCACAUGGCCAACUCAAAGAGAGGGUUCACCUCGUUGGUGUUCCUCUUGGUAUUGUUCUCGUUGCUCUCCUUCACCUCGGCCUUCCUGACAAGAUCUCUACCGGAUGGUCGACGCAUACGCAUUCCAGGUCUCAAGCCAAACGCUCACGGUAACAUUUCAACUUCCACUGCUGUCAAUAUCAAUAUCGCUCGAAGAGGUCGUCGCCCCGGGCAGAAGCCUGGUUCUGCAUCUAGCGUUUCUCAAGGCCCCAAAGUACCGGUGACUGGGAAAAUGUGUGGGCUUGACACUCCCACGGCAGAAUCUUGGGACGCAAAUCGGGAAGCUAUCUGCGAAUGGUAUUUGAAACAACACGACGAUUACAUCAUGGAUCCGAAUUACGCCAAUGUGAUGCGCUUCCUCAGAGAUCGUUGGGCACCCAAUCUUGUCGGCAGUAGUCUUCUGUGUGACGGAGUUGGAGCAUGCAGUAUCGGGACCUGCAGAAAUCUUGUUGAUGACAACGGUACCAAUGGCCAUGACCGGCAAAUGGCUCUUUAUGUUUUCGAACAGGCGGCCAACGCCGUCCACCUCCUGCAAGCGACAGGGAAACAAUUCACUGACUCGAUGAAUACCGCCAUGCACAAUUCUGACAGCGUCGUUGAUGAAUUCAGCAGCGCGCCACGGAUCGAAAAAGCCUUGAAGGAUGAAGCCAAAAAGGAAAAGAUAGCCUUGGCAAUUGUACAGUCGCUAGGUCUUGCUAUCUCCGGCGGGUUCGGCUUCGCACCUAAAAUGGUAUCAGCUUCUGUUGGCUUAGUGGUCAACACCUACAUCAGUGUCACGACACUAGUAAACGAGUUCCGUCCAUCAGACGACUUUGUUGACGAUCUGAAGGACGACUUUCGCAUGGAUCUCGGCACAGUACUUGAAAUGACCAAGAAAAGUAUCCAAAUGGAUUUGCACGACCUUUGGGUUGGAGCUCCGGACCACAAGAACCGAACUAUCGUCGAUCUCAUGACUGACAGUGACUUCUUGGAGCCAGAUCCCGACUUCAUGCCCGAGCUGGGUGCCCAUAUCGACCGGAUUGUCCUAGGCACAGCUAUCAAUAAGCUGUGGGAAUUUGACCGGGCUUACUUCAACGUUGUCGAAAACCCUGGAGGCUGUGAGGCCGACAAAACGACUUAUGUUCGUGGACCAUUCCAAUAUCUCGUUUGCCUACCAGAGCACCCCGGGCUAGGUUUCUGGCUGUACUCGCUCGAUCGCGCUGAAGAAAACGACUCUUGGGGGGAUGAUGCAGCCCAGGUCCGUGGUCCUACGGGGUUUUAUAAACUUAGUGGUCGGGAAGAGUACUUCGAAAUUACUCUCCAGGGCGUUGCGCGAUCCUCCUACUGGGCUUAUAAGAACAAACUAGUCAAGAUGAAGGGCGAUAAGAUCGACUUUGACCCUCUGAGCGUUGACCAGCAAAUUCGAAGAGCGAAGGUAGAGGAUCGUAUGUUGGGUGUGUUCACAGUCCCCGUUUGCUUCAAUCCAGGCGGCGAGUCCAUCUCAGGAGUACUGGACAAAAGGGGCCAAAACUACCCUUGUUUGUGCGGCAACUUCGCCUGGACGGGUGGUUAUACCGAGGGGCUAGACGAAAGAAUAACAUUCCUCACUUCCUCUGGAUUCAUGUUCUCAGAAGACACAGAGUAUUGGUGCAGGAGUAAGAAUAAGUGUGAGGUCGACGAGACUGUUGAUCUCCGCAAGAAGCUCAAUGCCGCGCGCAGGCCGGGAGACCCGCCAAUUCCGGACAGAAUCCAGCACCCUUUCAAGAAGUGCAAUAAGCGUCGUGACUCGAAGAAGCAUCCAGGCUGGCCAAUGAAUGACAUGACGGGUCGUACUUAG